AUGUCAAGGGGGGGCUCCGCGGUUACCUACGGCCGAGGCGGCGCAGGCAACGUCACCACCAGGAACGACCAAUCCCCUAGAUUUGAGCCCGAAAGCACGCCUACCUUGAAAUCCAAGAAGUACACCACUGGUCGGGGCGGUGCGGGCAACAUGGCCAAAAAUGACUUUGACCACCCGGAAGAAGCGCGGCGCGCCCAAGACGUUGACGUUCCAGGGAUCACCCUUCCUGAGGGAUCUUUCCACACUGGUAGAGGCGGAAUGGCCAACACGUAUAAGCCGACGGACGAGGAGCUCCAGGCAGCCAAAAGUCACAACGAGAAGGUGCGCAGGGAGUCUUUCCAUCGUGGAGGGUCUCAAGACCGAGGCACGAUCCGAGCACUAGCGGACAAGGCGAAAGAAGCGGUUACUGGAAAACAGGGCGGCGAUAAGUGA